AUGAUUCUGCAGCCUGAAGUCCAUUUAUCUACCGCCAAAAAGGCGCUAUUAGGUGGACGACGUUUGCUGGUGGGGUACUACCCUUUUCUGGUAGAAAGCGAUGUUUUGAUUAUACCGAACCACAAAUUCGGAUUUGCUGUCCGAAAUCAAAUAACUAUAUCUGGUCCUAAAAUAGUUACCCAACAUGUUACUUCACGACAUUAUAUCCCAACAGGAAAUGUCGUGCCCUUCCCUUAUGGCACAUUUCGAGUAGGCUCAAGUAGGUUUACUCUCUAUAAUUACAAGCGCAAAUUCCUGAAUCUUUGCAAUUUCCAUUGCCAUGUCAACUUAGCCAUUAACUGGUGA